GUUAAGAGAAAAACCGGGAAGAACCAAAAGUCGAUGCAGAGUCGUUACUGCCGUACCAACGGUUUAUUUAUUUGCAAACGGUUAUUUUUCCGUUACUCCAAUCUGACGCAUCUCUCUUCUUCUUCUUGGCUCUUUCUUUCUUGGUUCUUUCUUAAUAAGUUUUUGAUGGAUCCUUUCAACUUUGAGACCGAUCUUCACUCACUGAGAAGACUAUACGGUCUUCUCCACUCAAAUACAAACAAUGAAUCCAUACCACAAGCCUUUCUGUUAGAUGAGAACACUCAGUUUCUCCUAAAGCGUUUGCUUGAUUCUGAGACAGAGGAGCUUUUGGCUAGACAAACCAAGAUACUUGCACAAGUACAGUUAGGUUUGCCAACACCGAGUAAGAACUCAGUCUCGAGGGGUGUCAUUAAAUUACCUAGUAAGGUUGGUUUAACAGAGGAAGUCGUGGAUUCAAUAGAACGUAUCGAAACACAGCUUUCUGCUUUUCGUUUUUGUUCUAGUCGUGAUGAUAGAACAAAGACGUGCAAGUCACGCAACAUACAAGAACACUCAUCUUCUGUAAUACCAUUUCAACGGUUAAGCGAGAAAGCAUUGAUGGCACGAAGACAAAGCUAUCAAGCUUCUGUGUCUGGUUUGAGGAGUACAAGAACCUCGAAUAUAGCACCUCGUCUGAGAAGUGUGAAUAAUAAUGCUGCAGCUUGUGAUGAUCGAGCCUUGAAUCUUGAGCCACAAGGAAGCAGUUCUCCUGAUGAUCAAGUUGUUGUGGUCAGGUCACGUCCGCCAUUACCGUCUCGUCCUAAGCCAAGAGAGAGUAAUAGAACGUCACUGAAGAUGGGGAGUAUGAAACCAACUUUGUUGGAUCAAGAAACCGAGACAUGGGAUGAAGAAAGUGGAGGCACACGGUCUGGAACAAGCUCACAAGUUUCUACGACAGAUCAAGAAUCAGAAGAAGCCUCUAGAGAAACAGGUUCAACCACUGGCUCAAGCUGGCAAACUCAUGGUGAGAGGGUCACCGAGUCAGAAGACUCAUCGUAUCAAUCAUCAGAGAGUGAUGAUAACUCUCAAGACAGUGACUCUCCUCCACACAAAAGGAGAGACAGAUCAAAGGAGACUCUCCUCCCUCACAAAAAGUCUAAAGGGAGGCUUAAAAGAUUCAAGGAGAAGCUAGGUAAAGUGUUCCACCAUCACCACUACCACCACCACCACCAUGAGAGUAAAGAGAAAAGCCACAAGCCAUCAGCAUGGAAGCAUUUAGUGAAGAAACAUCUUCAGAAAGACAAAGAGAAGUUGGUUGAGACGAGGGUGAAGUCAGAAUCCAAAGGUCUGGUGACUAAAUAUAAGAACAAAGGUGGGCAGUUUCAUGCGUUAGUGGAAGGGUUGAUGAGACAUCGUAGAAGACGCUCGAAGAUGAAAAAGCAGAGCCAUGGCAGGAAGAAGAUGAAGUGGUGGCAAACACGUAGACGUCAAGGCGGUGUCAAGUUUCCUAAGGGAAGGAGAGUUAAGUUAGGAAAGACAAAUUAUUUGUGUAAUAAGGAUCAAGAAAAUGAUGAAAAUUAGUCUCAGAAGUAGAUAAUAGCGAAAAGAAAAGACCUAUAAACCCAACCAAGCUGCAUUGGUUUAAAUACUCCUCCAUCUCCAUCUGUUUCAUUAUAAGUGUCGUUUUAGGUUUCGGCACACGGAUUAAGAAAAUAAUUAAUUUUGUACAUUUCCUAUAAAAAACACUAUUACCUAUACACCUAACCAUAUUUUAACCAAUAGAAAAAAAUAAAUUUUGCAUAAAAUUAAUAAAUUUUGCAUUGAAAAUCGAAAACGACACUUAUUUUGUAAUGAAAAAAUUCUCUAAAACGACACUUAAUAUAAAACGGAAGGAGUAAAAAGAUUCAGGUUGGAACAUCCAUCACCUAGAUUCGAUUUGUCUUGACUACCUAACCGCAGCUUUUUGGAUAUUCAUAGUUAUUAAAAUAACUUUUUUUUCUAUUUUUACUUAUAGUAAAUUUUGUUUUUAUUAUAAAGUUUCAUUAUUUAGAGGAAAAUUGAACAAAUCGACUAUGUUUAUUAUUAUGCUUUUUCCAUAAAUAAGCUUCUUUUACGUCCAUACCAAAAUUAAGAAACAUCUACAGAAAAUUAUAAUUUCAAUUCAGAGAAUAAAAACGAGAAAAAAUAACAGCCAAUUUAAAAAGAGACAUAUCAUCUUAUUUUCUAUUAUCCAGAUAGUACUUUCUUAUAUAUUGAGAUUUUUUUUUGUUUUAAAUUGUGUACACUUUAAUAUACAUAAUAAAUGUUUUUUAACUUGUGGAUAUCUCCAAUUUAUGGAAGAGUAUACACUAUGUCACAUAGUGUAUGUGUCUAUGUCUUUCGGCUUUUGAGCAAAAUAAAAAGUUCAAUGUUUAACAUUCCUUAUAGUAAUUUUUUUUUUAUAUAUAAUUCUGC